AUGCUACCUGCCGAUGGCACUAAGCCCGGCCCUGUUGCCACUACAAGCAGUACACUCAGCAGCAACACCGCCUUUCCCAAAUCCGAGCCUGGCAGUGCCAGCAACAGCAACCUUGAUUCUGCCGAGCCACCUUUAAAUGCCAAGUCAGCAAUCCGUCAGCUCUGUCCCGUGUUCGUCCUGGACCCGUGGUUUCUGGCUCCCGACCCUUCCGCUCCUUCCCCUGGGUCCACCCGCGUAGGAAUCAACCGGAUUCGGUUCCUGCUGGACUGCCUGAACGACCUAGACAGCCAGCUGAAGGCCCGGGGAUCUCGACUUAUACUUGUUAAAGGCGACCCCACCAUAGUGAUUCCGAAGCUCGUGAAUCAGUGUGGAGCGAAGACGCUGUGCUUUGAGUUUGACACGGAGCCGUACGCCCUGGCUCGAGAUGGCAAGAUCAAGGCGAGCAUGCAGGAAGCAGGGGUGCGGGUGGUAACCCCAGUCAGCCACACCAUCUUCGACCCAGCUGAAAUCAUCAACAAGAAUGGAGGCAAACCGCCCCUCACCUACCAGGCGUUCUGCAAACGAAUAGGACAACCCUCACCGCCCGUCGGACCCGCUCCAGACAAACUACCGGCCCUGCCACCCCACCUCGCUCAUCGCGUGACUGCAAAGGCAGAAGCAGACCCAGGUCCAGGAGAAGGAGUAGAGGAAGCACAGAUGUGUGACUAUAUCGAGGUCUUUGAGGCAGUGCCUACAUUGAGUGACCUUGGCUACUCAGAUGCAGAAGCUUUCCCAAAAGAGGACGUCACUCCGUUCCGAGGCGGGGAGACAGAGGCUCUACGCAGACUCGACGAUUGCCUCUUACGAACGAAAUGGGUGAAGGAUUUUGAGAAGCCCAAGGGUGAUCCUUCCGCCCUCGCCCCUCCUGCCACUACAGUUCUCUCUCCCUACCUCAAGUUUGGCUGCCUCUCCUCGCGCCUCAUGUAUGCGCGCAUUCAGGAGGUGCUUGCCAAACAGCCCGGCCACACAAAACCGCCAGUGUCCCUGAUAGGGCAGCUGCUGUGGCGGGAGUUUUUCUACACAGCGGCGUACGGCACGCCCCACUUUGAUUGCAUGCAGGGCAGCAGCAUCUGCAGGCAGAUCCCCUGGAAGGUGGAUUCAGAGCUGCUGGCUGUGUGGCGAGAUGCCCGGACUGGGUUCCCUUGGAUUGACGCCAUUAUGGUGCAGCUUCGCCAGUGGGGGUGGAUGCACCAUCUGGCACGCCACUGCGUUGCGUGCUUCCUCACUCGAGGCGAUCUGCUGGUGCACUGGGAACUGGGCCGAGAUGUAUUCGACCGUCUACUGGUGGACUCUGAUUGGGCCAUCAACAACGGCAACUGGCUCUGGCUCUCCGCCUCUGCUUUCUUCUCCCAGUACCACCGCAUCUACUCCCCCGUCACCUUUGGCAAGAAAUACGACCCCACGGGGAAAUUCAUCCGCCAUUUCCUGCCUGUUCUCAAAGUUGUCGACCAUGCAGAAGCCAGUAAGCGGUGUCGAGACGUCAUGGGGGCAGCCUACGCUGCAAACUGCAUAGCUGCUGAUGCAUUUUGUGCCUCCCAUUUCUCCACCCCGCUUCCGCUCCCAUUUGUCAACCAUGCGGAGGCCAGUAAGCGCAUUGUGCGUGCGGAACUAACGGGACCCCCUCACCUCCUAUUGGAGAGCGUGGCGUAUUCCGUGGGCCGCCAGCUGUUGCUGACGUGUCCUGAGCUGGUGCGUGUGGCUGUCCGCUUCCCGGCACCCAUCCGUCCCCUCAAAUUCCCCUCAGGCAGAAGGGAAGGCGACCAAAUGGGUGACACUGAAGGGAAGAAAGAGAGACGAGAAGAGGAGGGGGAAGGAGGGGAAAUGCAGGGACAGCGGGAUAUUGAGACGCUUUUGAACAAGACGGAAAGAGAAGAGGAGGACGAAAGAGGGGGGAAGCAGGGACGUGGGGAUGCGACGGUGGUGGUGGUGGAAGGGGAGAGUAGCGUGGAGGCUCCGUGUGCGCGGGUGGAGGUGGAUGUGUGUGCGUGGGUGAACCUGGCUGCCGCAGCGCAGUCAGACGAGCUUCAAGACUCGGUGGAUUACGGGGAGAUCUACACCAUUGCACGGUGGCACGUUGAGAACCAGCAGCUCCCUCCUCUCACUCCCCCCGCCCUGCCUGCGCUCGCUCACACCAUCGCGACCACCAUCCGCACCUCUCUCCCCCGCGUGCACAGAACCUGGGUGCGACUGGCUGCUCCUGCUCCUGCCUCCCUGCCUGGUGCUGUUGGGUAUGCUGCAGCAGAGAUAACCUUGUAG